AUGUUUCGAAUGCGAGUUUCUGCAAUCAGCCUCCUAGUGCUGUUCUUCGCCGGUUUUGCGCACGCAAAGAUAGAUGAAGAUGGUUUCGAACCGGAGAACAUCAUACAAAGAGACGUUGUGAUCGUCGGAGGUGGAGCGUCUGGUACAUACGCCGCAGUCCGGCUUCGAGAGGACCUCAACACUAGCAUAACCAACACAACACUCGAGUAUGGUGUACAAUCGUACAUGCACUAUGGCCCAACCGUUAGCUUCUUCGAGCGCUUUGGCAUCGAAUUUGGGCCAUUUACAUCACGACGUCUUACAACGAUCAACGUGGAUGUCGAGACAGGCAAGAGACUGGAUUAUACGCCACCAGCCGCAAAUGAAACCACGGAAGCACUUAGAAAAUGGCUGCAGUUCGUGGAGAAGUACAAUGACUUAGUCGAACCAGGCUUCUGGAACUUUCCUCCGCCAGACCAAAUACCCGCAGUGUUCCUCACGCCAUUUGGCGAGUUUGUACAACACCAGAAAAUUGAAGCUGCGGUACCUCGGAUCGUCACGAUCUCUGGUGUAGGUGUUGGCAGCCUGCAGAUCCUCCCAACUCUGCAGGUAGUGCAAGCUUUUGGGCUCGCGGUUACCAAAGGCGUGGUAGAGGGUACCUUCAUUCAACCAAAAACCUCAAACAGUCUUCUGUACCAACGCGCAUACGAGUUGCUCAAGGAAGACGUUCGACUCAAUUCUACAAUCCACGAAACGGAAAGAGACCACUCAGGCGUCCGCAUUGUCGUCAAGUCCGGAAGCGACACCGCUAAGACACUCAUCAAAGCUAAAAGAGCCCUCUGGACACCUUUCCCAAGCCAGUACAACCUGAAACCAUUUGGACAAGACGAGAAGGAAUUUCAGGUAUUCAGAUCUUGGGUUCCGGAGUGGUCCUAUGUCGGUGUAGCCAGUAUACCCUGCAUACCGGAGAACUCUUCUAUUCAGUAUCUACCGAGGGAAGUGGAACCGUCUAACCACCUGGCCAUUCGACACUAUCCGCACAGCCUCAGUCUUGGUACCACUGGUCCAUCUGGCCUUGAUCUGUUUCGAGUGAUGUUAGGAGCCAAUUACUCCGUCACAUACGAGGAGGCGGAGGAAAUGGUCACUUCAGGAGUGCAGAAGUUGAUCGCAGCUGGGACAUUAAACUACACAGGCCACUGCGAGGUAGACAUGAAGGCUUUAUCAGCCCAUAACGGAGUUCUUUGGCCACGGCAAGAUGAUACAUUGGAGCAUGGCUUUGUACAGGAGCUGUACAGCCUACAGGGCUACCGGAGUACGUGGUGGACUGGGAGAAGCUGGUGCGAGGAGUACUCGAGCAACGUCUGGGCGUUCACCGACACGGUCCUUGAGAGAUUGUUGAAAACUCUGGAGUAG